GAAUAUUGAUGAGCAACCUCGCCGUUGAUGCGAUGAAUCUGUAGAGUGAUUUAUAUAAUGACAAUUUGGCGGAUAAUUCAUUUUUUAAUUCUGAUUUUUUCAUUUUGUUCAGCCGAAACUUAUAAUUCUGGUAAGUUUAUAUAGAAAAGGUUUGCUUCAGUAAACGUAGUUAAAGUAUAUCAAGAAAUAUUCCGUUUUUCGGACAGUUCCUUUUUCAUUCUCAAAUAUUUUUCAGACCCAAUACAACCAGCAGAAAAGCGUUGUCCUGGGAGCUACUGUGGAAAAAUCAAAUCUUUUGAUAAUACUUAUAGCAAAUGCGGUCCAUGCCCAAGACUCUACGAGUCUUGUAAUGGGAUAUGCACAAAAUGCACUUCUUCACCAUCCACCUAUGAUUAUAUGUAUUUUAUUUUCAUGGCUCUGUUACUCCCUGUACUCUCAGCUGUAUCGAUAGAUAGAUGGGGUUACGUUAAAGGAAUAAGAGUUGUUGCACUUUACAUCUGCGUAGUUGUUGAAACUAUCUUAUCUGCAAUUAUAACACUACUAUUGUUUACUCCCAAGUGGGAACUGAAUUUAUUAGUUUGUAAUGCUAAAAAAGUGAAAGAUUUUUAUGCUAUUUUCUCCAGCAGAGCAAAAUAUGAAGGAGAAACUAUUUACUGCAAUUAUGAAGUUGUUUACCCAAGAUAUACUAUCAUUUUAACGUAUUAUGCAAUAAGUGUAUUUGUAUUGUUAAUCUUCCGGCCUGCAGUUUCCAAAAUUAUAGGAUCUUGUUCGAGACCAACAUACGCUUCUCUUUUCAUCGCUCCGUCAUUGAUAAUAAUUCACUCUCUCUUGGCAGGAGUAAUAUAUUACACCUUCCCCUAUAUUUUGGCAGUUUUGGCUGUUGUAUUCAACGCUAUACACCUAUCAUCAUAUCCCGUUCAAACAUGGAAAAAUUUAAUUGUGGAUUCUAUAAAGCCUAGAAAUUUGAUUUUAAUUUUAGCUGAUUCUUCACUAUUAGCGUUCUCUGUUUGCGCUAUAACAGAAUUGACUGAUUUCAAAACUCAUUUACCAUUUUUGCUGUUGGCACCUAUGCCAGCUAUUUUAUAUAUAUUGACUGCCCCUUUAACAGAUCUAUCAGAGAUUGAGUAA